AUGAGCAAUGUCUUCUGCGUAGCAUGGCGCACUCCAUGCUUGGGGCUUCGCACUCCAAGCUUGCACCCGCCAAACCUGGCGCCAUGCCGCUCCCUUGGUCGACAAAUCUCUCCAACCUGGUGUCUAGAUAGCACCACGCGACGGCUCUUGAGCUCCGUGAGACCACCCACUGCGAUAUUCUCACGAGUGGCCACCCCCAAAGCAAAAUGUUUCCCUUCUCCAAACCGGGCUCUCCCGCGCACCUAUCAGAGCUCCGCCGCUCUAUCAUCGAACAGGCCGUCGCCCCCGCCAACUGAGCAAGGAGUCCAGCUCCGCGAUGAACCGUUUUCCAAAGCAGAGAUUGAACAGGUAUUUGGGACCCGAACCAAGAUAUCCCCGGCCAUGGGCAACCGCGUCCUCUCUGUGCUCCAAGCUAGACGCCUCGCUGGUACGCUCGAUCUCGAUUUCCCCGCCGACAUCAAACGCGUCACUCGCCCUGCUACACUUGAUAUGGGCUUAGAAUAUCUCCGGAAAAACUAUCCUCUUGACGAGGAUGCCGCUAUCAUCGCCCGAAUCGAAAGAGAAGAGCGCGAAACGGAAGAGAAACUCAUCCGGCGAGCGGAGGACAUGGGAUUAUAUAAACCUCAAAGUGGAUCAUAUGGGGCAGAGCUGGGCGAGAAAAACGACCCGUCAGGGAGGAGUGUCUUAGCGGAAAUCCGCAAACGAAAUGAGGAGAGACUCCUUGCGGAAGCGGAAAACAAACGGCAGGAAUGGCUCGAGGGCGAGGAGCAGGACCGUGAAAAGCUGAAGCAGCACCUGGCAAAGAACACUGCACUUCAGAAGUUUGAGGAUACAUCUGCAUUAGAGGUCAGGGGAAGGGCCGACCCUAGCCAGAGACCGCUUCUUGCAUGGAUACAAAAACAUCACCUCCGAGCGACGGAUACUGAUGCGGAUUUCAGUGCCUUGACGACGAGCACCCGUCUACUUCCAGCCCUUAUAUUCACUCUCCUUACUCUUGGACUAUGCUACGGUUUCGCUGUAACAUACGAAACCCCGACGAGGACGGAUCGUAUGUGGCCAAGUCUACCACCAGCGGCUGCGACAGUGGCAGCUAUCAUUGGUAUAAACGUGGGAGUUUUCGCACUAUGGCGAGCUUGGCCACCAGCAUGGAGGCUCCUUAAUCGCUAUUUCAUUAGUGUUCCUGCCUAUCCCCGUGUAUUCAGUCUCGUUGGGAAUGUCUUCAGCCACCAGACCAUCACUCACCUCGGCAUCAAUAUGUUUGUUCUCUGGAUUUUCGGCACUAGACUGCACGACGACAUUGGCCGAGGCAAUUUCCUUGCCCUCUACCUUGCAUCUGGUGUACUAGGCUCAUUCGCAUCGUUGACAACGCAUGUCCUGAAGAACUCACUUUUCAUCACUUCUCUCGGAGCCAGUGGAGCAAUUGCCGGCGUGGUUGCUGCAUCUGGCCUAAUCCAUUCAGAUGAAAAAUGGACAAUCGCAUUCCUACCUCGCGACUGGCAACAGCGCCUCUCCGCCCCAGCUUGGAUGUUCCUUGCUGGGCUAGUUACCUUUGACAUAGCCGGCGCCAUAAUGAACCGUCGUAUGCCUAAGCUUGACUAUUAUGCACACCUUGGCGGGUAUUUGACCGGUGCGAUUUUCGCGCUUAAUUGGAGAGAGAAGAUGCGUAAGGAUCGGGAGAGAAAUCGAGCUUGGCUGGAUAGGGUUAUCUCACGGUAG